AUGAUUUAACCAAUUUCUAUUAAUCCUAAAGAAAAAGUGUGGUAUGAUAAGGGUAAUAAAUUGUUAUAUAUCAUAUUUAGGGUCUGCAUUAGCCGAUAUAAAUCAAUUUCAAGAAGCAAUUUAAUGUUUUAACGAAACCAUUUCUAUUAAUCCUAAAUAUGAUUUAGCUUUGAUUGGCAAGGGUAAUUUAUGUUUAUUGUAAAAUUAUUAGGUAAUGCAUUAACUAAAUUGGAGCAAUAUCAAGAUGCAAUUAAUUGUUACACCGAAGCUAUUUAUAUUAAUCCUAAAUCUGAUACUGCAUGGAGUGGCAAAGGUAACCCAAUGUUCAAAAUUAAAAAAUAGGAUAUGCAUUAGGCUGUUUGUACAAAUUUCAUGAAGCAAUUGAGUGUUUCAAGUAAGCCAUUUCUAUUAACCCUAAAUAUGAUGAUGCAUGGAAUUGGAAGGGUAAAAACCUUAUUCAAUUAUAAUAAUUAGGAGUUGCAUUAGAAAAAUUGAAUCAAUAUUAAGAAGCAAUUGAUUGUUACGUUACGAUGAAGCAAUUUCUAUUAACCCUAAAGAGGGCUCGGCAUGGAAUAACAAGGGUAUUUAUUUUUAAAAAAUUAAUAUUUAGGUCUCUCAUUAUACAAUUUGAAUCAUUAUUAAGAAGCAAUUGAAUGUUACAAUGAAGCAAUAUUUAUUAACCCUAAAUAUGUUGAAGCAUGGAAUGGCAAGGGUAACUGAUUAAUAAAUAUUAUUUAUUAGGUGAUUCAUUAUUCAAUUUGACUUAAUUUGAAGAAUCAAUUGAAUGUUACAAUGAAGCAAUAUCUAUUAACCCUAAAUCUGUUGAAGCAUGGAAUGGCAAGGGUAACUGAUUGUUAAAUAUUAUUAAUUAGGUAAUGUAUUAAAUUUCACUUAAUUUGAAGAAGCAAUUGAAUGUUACAAUGUAGCAAUUUCUAUUAACCCUAAAUAUGUUGAUGCAUGGAAUGGCAAGGGUAAUUGAUUGUUAAUUAUUAUUACAUAGGUUGUGCAUUAUUCGAUUUGAAUUAAUUUGAAGAUGCAAUUGAAUGUUACGAUGAAGCAAUAUCUAUUAACCCUAAAUAUAUUGAUGCGUGGACUAACAAGGGUAAUCUAUUAUUAAAUAUUAUUAUUAAGGUACUGCAUUAUUAAAUUUGAAUAAAUUUAAAGAAGCAAUUGAAUGUUACGAUCAAGCAAUAUUUAUUAAUCCUAAAUCUGUUGAUGCAUGGAAUUACAAGAGUAUUAUAUUAUUAAAUAUUAUUACAUAGGUAAUGCAUUAACAAAUUCGAAUCAAUUUGAAGAUGCAAUUGAAUGUUACAAUGAAGCAAUAUCUAUUAACCCUAAAUUUUAUUGGGCUUUUGAAUAUAAAGGUAAUGAUAUUUUUAUUCAGGUUUAAUCCUACAACAAUUAUAGAAACACAUGGAUGCAGUUCAAAAUUUUGAAUAAGCCCUUAAAAUAAACACUGAUGCUUAUAGAUUUAAAAAUUAAGGUAAAUUCAUCUUUAAUUUCUUUUUAGCUGAUUCAUUAUUUGAAUUACGUAGAAGUUCAUAAGCUAAAUACUUUUAUUUUGCUGCAUAUGAAAUGGAUUUGGAUCAGAAUGCUUAUUUAAAAACAUAACUAUCAAAGUUAUGA